CCCUGACCCGAGGCUUUGAGCGUUCCAUACGACUUCCCGUUCCAAACCACGUGUGCUGGCUGUGUGCUCUCUGGCAGUCUAUCCGGGCGGAGGUUGUGUGAGGGCGGCAUGGCGAGCCAGGGGCACUGCAUUCGCUUCGAGGGCUGCAAUUUCUUCCGGCAGCGCCUGCUGCUGUCCACCCUGAGCGGGAGGCCGGUGAAGAUCCAGAGGAUCCGGGAGAAGGAUGAGAGUCCCGGGCUUAGGGAUUUUGAAGCAAGCUUUAUUAGACUAAUGGACAAGGUGACCAAUGGUACAAGGAUAGAGAUCAAUGAAACUGGAACAUCAUUGUACUAUCAGCCAGGUCUCCUCUUUGGUGGAACUUUAGAACAUGACUGCAACAACCAACGUUCAAUUGGCUACUAUUUGGAAAGUCUCAUCUGCCUAGCCCCUUUUAUGAAACAUCCAUUAAGGAUUACACUUCGUGGGGUCACUAAUGAUCAAGUCGAUCCCUCGGUGGAUACCCUUAAAGCCACAACUAUUCCUUUGCUGAAAAAGUUUGGAAUAGAUGGUGAACAUUUUGAACUGAAGAUUGUGAAGAGAGGAAUGCCUCCUGGAGGAGGAGGGGAGGUAAUCUUUUCCUGUCCAAUAAGAAAGGUUCUGAGACCAGUUCUUUUAACAGAUCCCGGCAAAAUAAAGCGUAUCCGAGGAGUAGCAUAUUCAGUUCGAGUCUCUCCACAAAUUGGCAACCGAAUUGUGGAAUCGGCUAGAAGUAUUCUAAAUAGAUUUAUUCCAGAUAUUUAUAUACACACAGAUCAUCUGAAAGGGACUCAUUCCGGGAAGUCUCCUGGCUUUGGUUUAUCAUUAGUGGCAGAAACAACUGAAGGAUACUUCCUAAGUGCUGAACUUGCAUCAAACCCUCAGGGACAGGGUUCUGUUGUGCUACCUGAAGAUCUGGGGAAGAACUGCGCUAAGCUUCUCUUGGAAGAAGUAUACAGAGGAGGAUGUGUGGAUUCAGUGAAUCAGAGCUUGGUGAUGCUGCUUAUGACCCUGGGGCAGCAGGAUGUUUCCAAAGUCUUGCUUGGACCUUUGUCUCCUUAUACGAUUGAGUUUUUGCGGCAUUUGAGGAGCUUUUUCCAGAUCAUGUUUAAAAUUGAGAGCAAGACCUAUGAAGAACGUAAAGGAGCAGAGAAAGUGCUGUUGACCUGUGUCGGCGUUGGAUUUUCCAAUCUUAGCAAGACUAUAAAAUAACAUGGAACUUGGGCUUUGUGAGCGCCUUGGUGAGCAACUGAAAUGUCCCGUUGGCUGUGCACUCUAACGGCUUACUGGGCCAGUACUGAGAUGUUGGGAAACAAGUCUUCUUUGUUUAUUACUUAGGAGUCAUCCUGCAAUUCCUCCCUCAAAGGGCUGGGUAAUCUAAAACACACAUUGUCAUAUAUGUACAAAAGACUUUUCACAUAACAGAUUAAAAAUAAUUCUGGUGAUAGGGAGCUAUUCAAUAUUAUUGAAAUUGUCAUAUUUAGUUUACUUUUGCAAUGCAAGUGCAAGCUUUUUUAUUUUUUUAUUUUUUCCUUAGAUGUAGUAAUCUGAUUUAAAUAUAAAGCCUAAGUUUGGUCUAUUUUUUUUUUUUUUUUUUAAAUGGACACAAGGCACUGUUUACAAUAAAUGAGAAGUGUCCCUUGUACUGCAGACAGCAGUUAUCUGGUCCACCCCCUUCCCCCACAGCCAAAUUCUUCCGGUACCGCAGAGGUUAAUAAGGCGCCAAGGGACCUGUCCUGCACUCGUCAAGAGUAUGGUGUUCCUACAUGUCUAGAGCAUGUCUCAUUGCUGACAACUAUAAUCUGGCUUUUGUGAAUGGAUGGGGGUGAAAAGCGCAUAGUUGGCACUCUUGACAAGUGCAUGCAACAGGGCCAUCGGUUCAUAAUAACCCAUAUAACAAUGGAAGAUUAUAGCUGAGAGGAUCUGAGGGCAGAGGAUUUAAACUAAAACUGCAGCCUGCAGAACAUGGGACACUUUGCAUUGAUUGUAAGUACAGCCCCCUGUGCUGAUUUUCUGUUUUUAAUUGACCAAACCUGGUUUUUAAUUGCAGAAUGGAAAAAUCUGAUAGUAUCUCAAUAAAUUUAUUUUUAUGUUUUGCCAGUUUUUCCCCAGAAAACUGUGCAGUACAUUAGUGCCACUUGUGAAGAUUUGACAAACGAAUACACAUAUUGGGUGGAAAAAAAAAGUUCUGAUCUUUCCUGAACAGGAAGUAAUAGAAUAGUCUCGUGUUGUACCUUCAUGGAUAUUUUAAAGUCCAAAUAUGCUGCUGGCAGCUUCUUUGAAAAGGAAAUAAACUUGCACAAUAACUA